UCCUCCUCACUCACCACCUCCUCGUCCUCCCUCUACUUCCACUCCUUCCUCCCGUCGCGCUGCGCAGAGCCACAGACGGUCCUCCAGCUCCGUGCAGCCCGGUGCGAAGAUGGUUGGCGGCUUGUGUGCUCGCAGGUUGGCCCGCCGGUCGCGGUCCGCCCUGAUAGCUGCCCUCACGGUGCUGCUGGUGCAGACGCUGAUUGUGUGGAACUUCAGCAGCCUCGACUCCGGCGAAGACAGGGAGAACGGAGGCUCCAACGUGCGGGAGAAGAGGGACCGGGUCGCGGGCAACAAAGCCGCCGGCAGCGACUAUUUCCAGCACGGGGUCCAGCAGCAUCAUCCUCCGCCCGGGAAGGGGACGUCUCGCCACAUACAGCAGCCGGAUGGAUAUUACUCCCACAGGCCGAAGGAGAAAAGUAGAGUGGACAGCAACAACGAGAACUCUGUGCCCAAAGACUUUGAGAACAUAGACAAUAGUAACUUUGGCGCGCGCUCACAGCCACACCGGCAGUCUGUAGGGGCCACCAGCAGCAAGCAGCAGCGGGAGCAUCUGCAGGAGAAGGCCCAUGCCCAGCAGCAGUCCUGGCGGGACAGCUCCCCGAGUCUGGGUCGCAGCUCAAACGAAGUGCUGCCUGUAGGCCACCAGCCGCUGGCGGUCGGCAACAAUGCCUCCUACCCAGGUGGUGAGGGCGUCGCAGGAGUGUCGCGGCAACACUACCGUGCCUCGCAGGCCCAGCAGGCCCAGUCGCAGCACAGACAUCAGCACCCCCACAGGAGGCAGGCGACUGCAGCCCCGCUGGAGGUGACCUACGACCAGCCACCCAAGUGCGAGAUCAGUGGGAAGGAAGCCAUUUCAGCUCUAUCCAGAGCCAAGAGUAAGGAGUGCCGGCAACAGAUCGCUGAGGUGUACUGCAGACACAAGGAAGGGCAGUUAAUGCCUGAGAAGGUCACUCGCUACUGCCCUCUUGAGGGUAAAGCCAAUGCUAAUGUCCAGUGGGAUGAGGACUCUGCUGAGAGCUUUCCAUCAAAACCAGUCAGAAUAGCGUUUGUCCUGGUGGUCCAUGGACGGGCCUCUCGCCAGUUUCAACGCCUCUUCAAAGCCAUCUACCACACCUCGCACUACUACUAUAUACACGUUGAUCAGCGCUCUAACUACCUGCACAGGCAGGUGUAUGCCUUGGCUGCCCAGUAUCCGAAUGUGAGGGUGACACCCUGGCGCAUGGCCACCAUCUGGGGUGGUGCCAGUCUGCUGACCAUGUAUCUUCGCAGCAUGGCUGACCUGCUGGCCAUGAGGGACUGGAGCUGGGAUUUCUUCAUCAACCUCAGCGCUGCCGACUACCCCAUCAGGACCAAUAACCAGUUGGUGGCCUUCCUGUCCAAAUACAGAGACAUGAACUUCAUCAAGUCCCAUGGCAGGGACAAUGCCAGGUUUAUCCGUAAGCAGGGUCUGGAUCGUCUGUUCUAUGAGUGCGACACCCACAUGUGGAGGCUGGGUGACCGUAAAAUCCCAGAAGGCAUCUCAGUGGACGGCGGGUCCGACUGGUUCCUUCUCAACCGCAUGUUCAUCGAAUAUGUCAUCAACUCCAAGGACGACCUGGUCACCAACAUGAAGCGCUUCUACGCCUACACUCUGCUGCCUGCCGAGUCGUUCUUCCACACGGUGCUGGAGAACAGUGCCCACUGUGAGAGCAUGGUGGAUAACAACCUGCGCAUCACCAACUGGAACCGUAAACUGGGCUGUAAGUGCCAGUACAAGCACAUAGUCGAUUGGUGUGGAUGCUCCCCUAAUGACUUCAAGCCUGCAGACUUCCACCGCUUCCAGCAAACGGUGCGGCCCACCUUCUUUGCCAGGAAGUUUGAAGCCAGCGUGAACCAGGAGAUAGUGAACCAGCUGGACGCCUACCUGUUUGGACCGUUUCCCCAGGGAACGCCGAGCCUGAACUCGUACUGGGAGAGUGUGUAUGACGAGCCAGAUGGCGUGGCCAGUCUGUCGGACACGCAGCUCACAUACUACCACUCCUUCUCACGACUGGGCCUGGCCAGAGCUGCCGCCUCGCUGCAGGGGAACCCAAAGGAUCACAGCUGCAGGUACUUCCCCAUGGGCCACCCGGUGUCAGUGCACCUCUACUUCCAGUCAGACCAGUUCCAGGGCUACCUGGUCAAGCACCAUGCCACCAAUCUGGCCACUAGCAAGCUGGAGACCAUGGAGACCUGGGUGGCACCCAAGAAGAACUUCAAGCUAACCACCCCUCCCAGCAACACAUUCAGCAGGUUGCAGUUCGCAGAGAUCGGUACAGAGUGGGAUGCCAAAGAACGUAUGUUCCGAAACUUCGGCGGCCUGAUGGGCCCCAUGGACGAGACGGUGGGAAUGCAGAAGUGGAGUAAGGGUCCUAAUGUCACUGUCACAGUCGUGUGGAUCGAUCCCACCAAUGUCAUCGCAGCCACCUAUGACAUUCUGAUCGACGCCAGCGCCGAGUACACCCACUACCGCCCACCGCUCAACCAGCCUCUGCGGCCUGGUGUGUGGAGCGUCCGCAUCCUGCACCACUGGAGCCCUGUGGCUGAGAUGCACUUCCUUAUUGCCCCGCUGGCCUAUAAUAAGCACCAACCCAUACGACAAGAGGAUACUCUGAAGCUCCACAACGGGCCAGCGAAGAACAGCUACAUGGAGCAGAGUUUCCACGGCCUCAACCCGGUGCUCAACAUCCCUGUCAGCCUGGGCUAUGUGGAGCAGGCCAAGAGGAACGCGGCCCUGACCGGCCCGGAGCUCGAGCGUUGGUUAGACAGCCUGGUGGGCGAGUUGUGGGAGGCAGCCGACGUCUGCGCCGUGGGCCCUACCGCCUGCCCUGUCAUGCAGGCCUGCCCCAAGAACCCUUGGAGCUCCCUGAGCCCAGACCCCAAAUCCCAUCUGGGAGCACCGCACGCCAACGGGCGCAUCAGGUAGCAGCGAGGCCUCCAGCUGGACAGGAGGCCACGGCACAGGAGAUUCACUGUUGAUUUUUAUUUAUUUAAGGGGUUUGUUGCAGGUGGGGGAAGGAAAAGUGUUCUUCCUCUGUCUCAGGAGAAGAAGGAAACAAAAGAAAAGGGGGAUUUUUUGGGGAGGCUGGUGAGGGUGUCUGGAAAGAAAGCGAUGAGAAUGAUUUUCAGAUCCUCCCACGGGGUUCCUCCUGUUAGGGGAUUAUGCUGGCUUUGCUAUUUCAGUUUCUCAGUGUAUUUAUUUUUCUUCUCAUGGCUGAGUUUUACUGUGAUCAAACGUUGCAAUUUUCGAGCAUAUAUUUUGCUGCUGAAUGAAUUAUGAAGUCAGCUUUUAAGCCCUGCACGGGGCACAGCGGUCAUGUGAGUGUGGAUUGUCGACACUGGUUGCAGACGAAGUUCUGCCGAAAAAGGCCUAAGCUGUAAGACAUACGAGGAGGUAGCCUGGUACUGAAUUAAACGUGCCUCCUUAAGUGUAUGUCAAUAUAAACAAAAUUAGAUGAUAUCCGAGCGUUCAGAUACACCCAAACAGUCAAAAAAGAUUAUUUUGAUACGACUCAAAUGCAGCACCAUUAAAAGCAAAUUUCCCGUUUAUGAAGGAACUUUAUUUUAAUAAUGCUAAAAUAUUUUUUAAUAUUUUAGCAUUUUCAAAGCCAAUUACUUCAAAACUCUUGAGUGUCUGAUAGUUCAGUGACUCCGUUUGUAAAUCAGUAGAAUAAAUCAGUAACAGCAGCAUAACUUUUUUCAGUACAGUGUCUGAUUAGAAUGUGGAACUGUUGUGGCUGGGCGAACCGAACCAUCUGCUGCAGUCAGAUUUCAUAAAUAUAGAAAAAGAAAAAUGCAAAUACAGAGGCCUUCUCAAAGUAAUUAAACCUAUUUGGAUUAUACUAGAAAUUUACUGUAGAAAUUUUAGCGUUCUAAAUUCAUGAAUGCUUCAUUUGUGGUUGUUGUACAAUAGUAUUUUAAGACUUAACAUUCACAUAGUGUAGGUUUUUUUUUUUUUAAAUAAACCCAGAUGUUGUGACAGGCAGAGGACAAAGAGAGAAUAGUUUUGUCCGUCUUGGUUUUCUCACCAACCUGCCUCAAACUUGAAACACAAUUAUCUCAAGCUGACCUUAAAAUUCUCAUCCGUGUUUUCACUGUCAUCUGUUUUUUUUACUUUCUUCCAGUCAUUUCAAUGAAACAUUAUGUUGUACAUGAUUAUACAUGAAGUCUCAAAAAUUGUGUGAAUGAGGGGGGGGUGAGUCCAUGAGUCGCUAUUUAUUUAUAAGUUUAUAUUAAUACUGAUAUUUUUAGUCAGUGACUAAAUAACUGCGACGCUGCCUUGGCAGCAUGAUAAAUAUUUUUUUGUAAAGAAAGCCGCCUUUAUUUACAAAGGCCAACACCCCAUUACUUAUACUGUACCUUUUUAUGGCCCCGCACCUGUGUGUUAGUCAGUGUUGUCCUGUCUGAAUAGAUCUUCUUGUCUUGGUUUCUUACAUGGCUGUUUGCCAAGUGCAUCGCAAGAGAAAGCCACCCUGACCUGUGAGGUCAGAGGUCAGCAACCUGACAACCUCACCAAACAGAGAAGGUGAACAAAAACUCUCUUCACAAUCGAACACAUUGGACAACGUCUGGAUCGAAGGCGAAACUGUGCUUUUUGGUGUUUUAUGGUUCCUGUCAGUUUCAGAAUGAUAGUGAGUGGUAUUGAUCUUCAUGCUGUGACGAUAAUGUACAAUUUCAAGUGAAUAUUAUAUUGUGUCUUGAUUGCAAAACGCAUCAUUUAUGAGAUCGGGUCCGUGGAACCUUUUCAACUCUAUAUACAUUUGAAGCACCUUUUCUGCCAUCAAGACAAUCUCUGGACAUUUGAGACAAGUUGAUUAUACUGAGGGUGGCACUGUACCACAACACAUCCUGAACAAGAGGUACGGUCCGAUAUUUGUUUUACUUUGAAAUAAGUUUCAUCUGAAGCCAAUUAGGAGCUCAAUCUGUGAUUGUCAACAUUGUUUAGCCACCACACAAGCUAAGUGAGUGUUUUUACACAGGCAAAUUAAGAGACAUUACUGUUCAUUAAUGUCAAGUUCACCUUGCCUCUCUGUCGGAUGUGUCGAUUAUAAUUGCUAUCACUCCCUCCCUCUCGAAUCAACACAGUUUCUGGGGUUGGGCUGUAAAGGACUAUUUUCUUUUUCACUGGCUGGCUUCUGCUGCCACCUUUUAACUUAUAGUGCCACCGUGCUCAGAACAAUUACUUCACACAAUACAUAUUAUUAUGUAAGCUCAAUGACAGUUUUGGAAAAAGGUGAAUUAAAUAAAUGUAACUCAUUGUGGAAGUCCUAUUUUGUAACAAAAUGAUUAACAAAUGAAGAAGAUGUACAUAGGUAUUUUGUAUUGAACUAUUGUUUAAAAGGUAUUGUACAUGUAAAUACAGAUGUGGUAAAAUGACAUUGAAUUAGUAAGAGUUUUUGAAGUGUCAAUAACUGGGCACAAAGAGUGAAUUGAUGGUGUUUAUUGAUCAAAAUACAUAACUUGUUUCAGUGUUUUUGGACAGCUGUGACAACAACCUUGUCCUAUUUGCCUCAGAGAAAAUCACAUGCCAGAUUGUUGUUGUUCUUGCUGGAAUGUAAUGUUGAGCAACUGUUGCACAAAUUUCUCUGAACUGACGUUUCCCCCGUUAAUUAUUUUCCGGGGAGGCUCUGUGUGCCUUAGCUGACUUUUAGAACCUUCUCUGUCCAUUAAAAGAUAAACCUUAUUUUGCUAUUUGUUUUGAUCUGAUGUGAAGAAUACCAUGAGUUUUGUCAAGUGAUUCACUGGUACUGCAACACCAAAAAGAUGUCUGCUGUUGUAUAUAUAUCAUCAGGCCUUCUGUCUUAUCAGCUUUUUUUUUUUUCCCCUUUGGGGGAUUUGUUUUGUUGUACUUGACUGGCUUGUUUUACUUUUCUCUGAUUGCUUUUUGGAAAUAAAAUUCUAUGGAAAAACA